GAGUUUGCAGGAGGGAUGGGAGUGGUAACAGGAAGUUUCUUGGGCAGUGCAUGAGAUGAGUUUGUCUGGAGGGAUUCUGAUGGGAUAGGAGGGUCCAGCCUCACCCUGCUCACUCUCCUCCCCCCUCCCCCAGGCAUCAGCUCAUCCCUGGUCCCUCUUCCACCAUGUGGCUUCUCCUUACCUUCUCCAUCCUGCUGACGUCUGCAGGCGCCCAGGAUGGUGAAAAGGUCCUGCGAGAUGAGGAGUGUGCACCCCACUCCCAACCGUGGCAAGUGGCCCUCUUCGAGAGAGGACGCUUUAACUGCGGCGCUUCACUCAUCUCCCCACAGUGGGUGGUGUCUGCAGCCCACUGCCAAAGCCGCUUCAUGCGCAUGCUCCUGGGCGAGCACAAUCUGCGCAAGCGCGACGGCCCGGAACAGCUGCAGGCUGUUUCUCGUGUCAUCCCUCAUCCAAGCCAUGAGGCGCGCAGCCACCGCCAAGACGUCAUGUUGUUGAAGCUAGCACGGCCAGCUCGCCUCACCAGGCAAGUGCGCCUCGUGGCGUUACCCAGGCGCUGCCCCCGCGCAGGUGAGGCCUGUGUGGUAUCCGGCUGGGGCCUGGUGUCUGACGAUGAGCCCAGGAACAGAGGGAGUCCCGAGCCACAAGUGAGUCUCCCAGAUACCUUGCAUUGUGCCAACAUCAGCAUUAUUUCCACCGACUCUUGUAACAAGGAGUACCCUGGACGCCUCAUGAACACAAUGGUGUGUGCAGGUGUGGAGGGCGGAGGCACCAACUCCUGCGAGGGUGACUCCGGGGGACCCUUGGUCUGUGGUGGGGUCCUGCAGGGCAUUGUGUCCUGGGGUGAUGUCCCCUGCGACACCACCACCAAGCCUGGUGUCUAUACCAAAGUCUGCAGCUACCUGGAGUGGAUCAGAGAAACCAUGAGAAGGAACUGACUAUUCUGGCUCACUGCCUGUGUCCCUGACUGAGCAGAAGCCUUAGUGGCUGGCUGGCGGGCAGCCCCAUCCUGACCUGAAACAGAAUUGGGCCAUCCCCCAGAACACUGUCCAAGGCUCAGAUUUAGCCAAGGACUUGUCCCUUCUGAGGCCAGAGCUGGUGGUCAAGGUCACCUAUUAAACACCAAGAUAACAGACAGUGCUGAUCCAAGUUUCUGUGCAGAAAUUUCUGUGACUUUCUUCAGGGGAUGGAGGGAAAUGGGAGCCAGAUCCCAGUGGGGAAGGGCCAUAUGGAGAAUCCAGAGCCACCCUACACUGCUCCUUUUCACCCAUUGCCCUGAUUCCUAAGUGAGGAGAAAGGGCUUGAAGCAGAGCUGUGUUCAUUCAACGUAUGAUCAGCUGUGUGAUCUUGAGCAGCUGAGACCCAAUCUCACUCAGCCUUGGUUUUCUCAUCUGUAAAAUGGACAUUUAUAAUAUUGGUUACCUCAUAGGGUUGUCAUGAGAAUUAAAUGAGGUCAUUCAUAUGAACUGGUUAGAAGAGUGCCCGGCACUGGGUAAAUACUCUACCUCUGGAUAGCCAGUGAAAGGACCUAGCACAUACUAGAUUACCAAGAAUUACUUCUUUUUCUUCAAGGUUUAGUUUUGGGCUUCCUGAUGUUAGGU